AUGUCCCCCGGGGGCAAGUUCGACUUUGACGACGGGGGCUGCUACGUGGGGGGCUGGGAGGCGGGGCGGGCACAUGGCUACGGCGUGUGCACGGGGCCCGGCGCCCAGGGCGAGUACAGCGGCUGCUGGGCGCACGGCUUCGAGUCACUGGGCGUCUUCACGGGGCCCGGCGGACACAGCUACCAGGGCCACUGGCAGCAGGGCAAGCGCGAAGGGCUGGGCGUGGAGCGCAAGAGCCGCUGGACGUACCGUGGCGAGUGGCUGGGCGGGCUGAAGGGGCGCAGCGGUGUGUGGGAGAGCGUGUCCGGCCUGCGCUACGCCGGGCUCUGGAAGGACGGCUUCCAGGACGGCUACGGCACCGAGACCUACUCCGACGGAGGCACCUACCAGGGCCAGUGGCAGGCCGGGAAGCGCCACGGCUACGGGGUGCGCCAGAGCGUGCCCUACCAUCAGGCGGCGCUGCUGCGCUCGCCCCGCCGCACCUCCCUGGACUCGGGCCACAGCGACCCCCCGACACCACCCCCGCCCUUGCCCCUGCCCGGCGACGAAGGAGGCAGCCCGGCCUCCGGCUCCCGGGGAGGCUUCGUGCUGGCCGGGCCUGGGGACGCUGACGGUGCGUCCUCCAGAAAGCGCACCCCCGCGGCCGGCGGCUUCUUCCGCCGCUCGCUGCUGCUCAGCGGGCUGCGGGCUGGCGGGCGCCGGAGCUCCUUGGGCAGCAAGCGGGGCUCCCUGCGCAGCGAGGUGAGCAGCGAGGUGGGCAGCACGGGACCCCCGGGCUCCGACGCCAGCGGGCCCCCGGCCCCGGCGCCGCCCGCCCUCAUCGAGGGCUCGGCCACUGAGGUGUAUGCAGGCGAAUGGCGCGCCGACCGGCGCAGCGGCUACGGCGUGAGCCAGCGCUCCAACGGGCUGCGCUACGAGGGCGAGUGGCUGGGCAACCGGCGGCACGGCUACGGGCGCACCACCCGCCCCGACGGCUCCCGCGAGGAGGGCAAGUACAAGCGCAACCGGCUGGUGCACGGGGGGCGCGUGCGCAGCCUCCUUCCUCUGGCCCUUCGGCGGGGCAAAGUCAAGGAGAAGGUGGACAGGGCUGUCGAGGGCGCCCGUCGAGCCGUGAGCGCUGCCCGCCAGCGCCAGGAGAUCGCCGCUGCCAGGGCAGCAGACGCCCUCUUAAAGGCAGUGGCAGCCAGCAGUGUCGCUGAGAAGGCUGCAGAGGCGGCUCGAAUGGCCAAACUGAUAGCCCAAGACCUACAGCCCAUGUUGGAGGCCCCAGGCCGCAGACCCAGGCAGGACUCAGAAGGUUCCGACACAGAGCCCUUGGAUGAGGACAGCCCUGGAGUGUACGAGAAUGGACUGACCCCCUCGGAGGGCUCCCCUGAACUGCCCAGCAGUCCUGCCUCCUCCCGCCAACCCUGGCGAGCCCCUGCCUGCCGGAGCCCACUGCCUUCUGGAGGGGACCGAGGUCCCUUCUGCAGCCCCAAAGCUUGGCCUGAGGAGUGGGGGGGCCCAGGUGAGCAGGCAGAAGAACUAGCUGGCUAUGAGGCAGAGGACGAGGCUGGGCUGCAGGGGCCAGAGCCCAGAGACGGCUCCCCACUCCUCGGAGGCUGCAGCGACAGCUCUGGAAGUCUUCGAGAGGAGGAGGGGGAGGAUGAAGAGCCCUCGCCCCAGCGGAGGACCCCAGGGGGCUUGGAGCUGGAGUCCACAGCCUUGCCAGUCCUGAGGGGUCUGUCCUCAAGGGGUCCUGACGCCGGGAGCCUGGCGGAAGAGGCUGAGGAGACUGCUGCGACUGAGAGGCCCGCCCCGCCGGGAGCUGCCAACCCGCUGGUGGUGGGAGCCGUGGCCCUCCUGGACCUCAGCCUGGCAUUCCUGUUCUCCCAGCUCCUCACCUGAGGCUCCUGCCUGGCCUAGUUCUGGCUUUGGUUGCUGCCUCUUAACUCCUCUGACCUGCCUUUUUCUCUUUUCUUCCUCCUGGUUGUUUUUUCUUCUAUCUUUCUUUCACUUCUUUCCCUUUCUUUUCUGUCCCCCUCUGGUUUUAUCUCUUGCUUUUUCUUUCCCUCUCGCCUUUCAGAUUUUCUCAUUCCUUCUGGCUCUGUCUCUGUCCUCCUCACUCCUUUCCCCACCCACCCCUUCUCUCUCUCUCUAGAUUGUUUACAUAUGAAGGGCUUUUCUCGCUCAGAGUCGCUCUCUUCUCUGAGACACACAAUUCUAAGUCAGACCAUUGCCCACACCCUCCCUGCCUUUACUUUAGACCUGAACUUGGAUGAGGGUGGGGGUUUGGAGUCUCCCAGAGGCUGAGUGGAAAGGAAGAAGCAAAUGGAGAAGGGGUGUACUCUAUACUGCAGAAGACUGUAUACUGGGCAAGACACUAGCCAUGCUGCUGUGACUCCCUGACCCAAGGGACCUGGUGUCCCUCUGAGGCCUAGUGAUAAAGCUGGGGGGCGGGGGUGCAGCCUCCAUCUCUGACCUUGGAGGAUCCUAUCUCACCUCCAAGCACGGAGCUAGGUUCUUGCAGAACUCCAUCCAUCCCUGAAGGAGAUGAGGGGAAUGAAAAGCAGAAUGGCUUACCAACAUCUUCUCCCUCUUUCUUUCCUCAACAGCCAGCCCCUCAUCCAACCCUCUAGGGUGGCAUGCCAUGUCAAGAGCAAUGUGUAAAGAAAAGAAAAUGUUCAGUGUGGCCAAGCCCACCCACUGACCUCUCCCACCUUUCUCUCUCUCCCUAAGUGUUUAUUUGGUUGGUCUGGACUCACGUGUGGCCUUUGAUUAAAUUUCUAAGGGACCUGAAGACAUUUCUACUACAGAGGGUUAGAGGCACCUGAGCAGGGACCCCACUCGCCAACUCUGGCAGGAGUGGCUGGGGGAGGCAGUUCUGGAGAAUGAACCAGACAGGAUGACAGGAACUCACAGGGCAGCAGAAACUGUUUCAUAGUCUCUAAGUGGGUUACAUCCCUUUCCCCAUAAUACCAGACUCUUGUGAAAUGGGAAAGCAACAGAAGGAGGGGAUCAAAGGAAGCCAAUCUCUCACACACUUUCCAGGCAGAGCAGAGGUGAGAGUCAACCUGGGGUGAGAAGUGGGUGGAGAGCCCUGUUUGAGGUUGUGGCAAUCCCUGGUACUAGCUUUUCCCCUAUGGGCAGGAAGCCCUAGGAAGAGGGGACUGUCAGGUCCCCAGAGGAUCUUUCCUCCCUCCCCUGCAUGAGGCAGAGGCAAGCUGCCUGCCAACCCCCUCCCUCAAGGAAUGGCCUUGCCUGGGAAUGCCCACCACACAUAACUCUUUUUUUCUAGUCAAACUCUGUUUACUCCUUGGCCUGCCUCCCUCCUUCCUCCCCUCUCAACCUUUACUUCUGAUUUCUAUUUCAUGGAAUUUGGGAUUGAAGUUAAACUACAACAGUGCCGCCAACACCAAGUCUUGCAGGAAAAAAAAAAUACAAAGAAAUUUAACCAAAA